AUUCUUUCGUUAAUCGUUCACCAAGCCAGACGCGUUGGCUGGCGUCGCGUGUCCGUCGUAGGUGUGAUCCCUGUAGUGUAUCCAAAUCUCUGUAUCCCAAGGGCUCAGCCCAGUUUAACAUCUAUCCUUUCCGCUUUUGAUCCGAACAACGGACCGGGGCGGUUUUACGCUGCUCCACCGGUGAUUCAAGCAACGGAAGAUUGAUUCAUUGUGCAAUAGUGCCAGGGUGUAAGUAUGUAUAGACGAUACCUUUAUGAAGAAAAGUCCCACCAUUCUGUGGGCAAAUAGUGAGAAAAAGUGCUCGACAUAGUUUGACCUAAGGCUUUAUUCCUGUAAUUGUUAUACCCGGGAACGAAGAGGCAAAGGCUGCAUUACUCGUUGAUAAUAUACAUAUUUACCUAGCUUCUCUGCGUUCGUUGCAAUAUGCGGUAUUAUAUUGUGCUUUAAUCGAAGUUCCAAUAGUGCAUUGGAGGUGGAUUAAAUUGAAUGGUGCUCGUUGCUAGGAAUGCUGAAAAUUGUCGCUUAUAGAAUGUUGUUAGAAUAAAUAUUUGAACGUUAUCGUAUUACCUUAUACACUAGUUAAACAUACAACUACACAAUUUUACCAGUGUAAAGUUAUCGUUAACACUAGCUUUUUCUAGCGAGUUAAACUUAUUUCAUUUGAGUGAAACAAACUUGGUCUUGAGGUAGAGGAUAAACACGGUAUACAAAAUGGCUCAAUUCGUAACUCACAUUCAACCCACCAUGAUGGAAGCAUCGCAGGGCCACUUUCCGCACCAACAUGGCCAUGGGUUGCAGCACUCAUCGCAUCUGCCUCACAGUGGCCACAACAUGCCGUCGCCUCCGACUAACCAGCAUGUCCACGGUCAUCACUCGACACAGGCCCAAAGUGGAACCAAUGGAAAAUCUUCCAAAUCACAGCACUCCCAUCAGCCACUGUCUCCUAAAACGGCCGAACAGCACCAUCAUCAGCACCAGCACCAGCACGGCUCUAGUCAGGAGCAGCGGCAUCAGUACCACCAACAGUACCAACACCAGUUGGCACAUUAUCAACAGCAAGUGCAUCAUCAUUACCACCAGCAACAGCCUUCGAAGCAUUCAUCGUCCGGUCAUCAUGGACAUCAUCAUACUAGUUCGUCUGACGGGAACACCUCGUUUCUUCGCGCAGCUAGAGCAGGCAAUCUAGAAAAAGUUUUAGAACAUCUUAAAAACAAUAUUGACAUCAAUACUAGCAACGCGAAUGGCUUAAACGCACUCCAUCUGGCCUCGAAGGAUGGGCAUGUGUCCGUGGUGUCGGAGUUGCUGGCUCGCGGAGCGAUCGUGGAUGCGGCCACUAAGAAAGGCAACACCGCACUGCAUAUCGCUUCGCUAGCCGGUCAAGAGGAAGUAGUCAAACUGUUGAUUCAGAGCAAUGCCUCUGUCAAUGUACAAUCGCAGAAUGGCUUUACGCCACUGUACAUGGCAGCACAGGAAAAUCAUGACUCGGUCGUACGGUUGCUGCUAUCCAACGGAGCAAACCAGAGUCUGGCUACUGAGGACGGCUUUACGCCUUUGGCCGUAGCGAUGCAGCAGGGCCACGACAAGGUUGUGGCGGUGUUACUGGAAAGUGACACCCGUGGAAAGGUUCGCUUACCAGCUCUUCAUAUUGCUGCCAAGAAAGAUGACGUUAAGGCGGCUACGCUUCUGUUGGAGAAUGAUCACAAUCCGGAUGUUACAUCUAAGUCCGGUUUCACGCCGUUACACAUUGCUUCCCAUUACGGUAAUGAAGCUAUGGCUAAUCUGUUGAUCCAGAAGGGAGCAGAUGUCAACUACGCUGCCAAGCACAACAUCAGUCCGCUACAUGUAGCUGCUAAGUGGGGCAAGACCAACAUGGUCGCUCUGUUGCUUGAAAAAGGGGCUAGCAUUGAAAGCAAGACCCGUGAUGGGCUAACUCCACUGCAUUGUGCCGCACGAUCCGGUCAUGAACAGGUCGUUGAUAUGUUGUUGGAGCGAGGAGCUCCCAUCAGCGCCAAAACGAAGAAUGGACUUGCUCCGCUGCAUAUGGCUGCCCAGGGGGAGCACGUGGAUGCAGCGCGCAUUUUGCUUUAUCACCGUGCACCAGUCGAUGAAGUUACAGUGGAUUAUUUAACGGCCCUACACGUAGCCGCUCACUGUGGCCAUGUACGCGUUGCAAAACUUCUGCUGGACCGUAACGCCGACGCCAACGCACGGGCCUUGAACGGGUUUACUCCGCUGCAUAUUGCAUGCAAGAAGAACCGCAUAAAAGUCGUCGAGCUACUGCUGAAGCAUGGAGCCAGCAUCAGUGCCACUACGGAGAGCGGAUUGACACCGUUACACGUUGCUUCCUUCAUGGGUUGUAUGAACAUUGUCAUCUAUUUGCUGCAGCACGAUGCUAGCCCGGAUGUACCGACAGUUCGUGGCGAAACGCCCCUCCAUCUUGCCGCCAGAGCUAAUCAGACCGACAUCAUUCGCAUACUUUUGCGUAACGGAGCCCAGGUGGACGCUCGGGCCCGAGAACAGCAGACUCCGCUGCACAUCGCAUCCCGUCUCGGCAAUGUGGAUAUCGUGAUGCUGCUCCUACAGCACGGUGCCCAGGUCGAUGCCGUCACCAAGGAUAUGUACACGGCGCUUCACAUUGCCGCCAAGGAAGGCCAGGACGAGGUUGCUGGAGUCCUACUGGACCAUGGUGCGCAGAUCGAUGCCGCUACCAAGAAAGGCUUCACUCCAUUGCAUCUUACUGCCAAGUACGGGCACAUUAAGGUGGCAGAACAGCUGCUAACUAAAAAUGCCCCAGUCGAUGCCCAGGGCAAGAACGGUGUAACACCAUUGCAUGUUGCUAGUCAUUACGAUCAUCAGAACGUUGCUCUGCUGCUACUAGAAAAAGGCGCUAGUCCUCAUGCCACUGCUAAGAACGGCCAUACUCCUCUGCACAUUGCGGCUCGUAAAAAUCAAAUGAAUAUUGCUACCACGUUAUUACAGUAUGGUGCCCAAGCCAAUGCUGAAAGCAAGGCUGGAUUUACGCCACUACACUUAAGCUCACAGGAAGGCCACCACGAAAUGUCGGCGUUGUUGCUGGAGAACAAGGCUAACCCAGACCACCAGGCACGUAACGGGCUAACCCCAAUGCAUCUGUGUGCUCAGGAAGACCGAGUCAAUGUAGCACAAGUUCUGGUCAAGCACGGUGCUGAUACACAUGCUGCAACGAAGGCUGGUUACACGCCACUGCAUGUUGCUUCUCAUUUCGGUCAGGCCAACAUGGUGCGCUACCUUCUACAACAGGGGGUAGAUGUCAACGCUGCUACCGGUAUCGGAUACACACCGCUCCACCAAGCUGCACAGCAAGGACACUGUCACAUUGUUAAUAUCUUGCUUGAGAAUCAGGCAGACCCUAAUGCCGUUACUAAUAAUGGACAAACAUCUCUAAAAAUUGCCCAGAAGCUGGGAUAUAUCAGUGUGCUUGAAUCACUGAAAUCAGUUACCGAUACGAAGGCUACACCAGAUCAACCGCCUUCGGAGGAGAAGUAUCGUGUUGUCGCUCCGGAAGCCAUGCACGAAACGUUCAUGUCCGAUUCCGAAGAAGAAGGAGGCGAAGACACCGUACUCUCCGAUCAACCGUAUCGCUAUUUGACCGUGGAUGAGAUGAAAUCCCUUGGAGAUGAUUCGCUGCCGAUAGACGUGACACGGGAUGAACGUCACGAUUCGAACAGGAUGGUUCAAAGUAGCGAAUCACACCAGUUUCCACCAACUGCAAUGGAGGAUUCCAUCAGCCCCCAGCACGCCUCGAUGGUACAGUCGGGUAUCUCGGUUACCGAUUUCACUGACAAUAUCAACAUCGAACGUCAGUCUCACGUCGGAAAGCUACAUUGGAAGAAUUUCCUGGUUUCCUUCUUGGUGGACGCUCGCGGUGGAGCGAUGCGUGGAUGCCGUCAUAGCGGAGUGCGCAUCAUCGUUCCACCUCGUUCGGCUGCACAACCAACACGAAUCACUUGUCGCUAUGUGAAACCUCAGCGUACCAUGCAUCCACCACCGUUGAUGGAGGGUGAGGCGUUGGCCAGCCGCGUUCUGGAACUCGGUCCAGUGGGAGCUAAAUUUCUCGGACCGGUCAUCAUGGAGGUACCGCACUUUGCUUCCCUGCGGGGCAAGGAGCGUGAGAUCGUCAUUCUUCGAUCGGAUAAUGGAGAAACAUGGCGCGAGCAUAACAUCGACAUGUCCGACGAAAUUGUUCAUGACGUGCUGAACGAGUGUUUUGAGCCCGAAGAACUUGCCCAACUGGACGAGCUCGGCGGUGGCCGAAUCUGCCGUUUCGUCACCUACGAUUUCCCCCAAUACUUUGCGGUGAUCUCGCGCAUCCGUCAGGAGGUACACGCAAUCGGACCGGAGGGCGGCAUGGUGUCCAGCACUGUCGUACCGCAGGUGCAGGCGGUCUUCCCGCAAGGUGCCCUCACCAAGAAGAUCAAAGUCGGGCUACAGGUAAAUUUGUUCAAACCACGCAAAGGUGUUGCGCCCGAAAAGUUGCGCAAAAUCAGUGUUAACCAUGUACCGAAGAAGAAGCGCUUUUCGCUGAUCUGGUAAAGUGGCGUAGUGAGGAAGAAUUAAACAAAUACGAAACCGAGACAAUUUACCAUUCGACUGCGCUAGGCUGACUUAUGAUAGGCGUCAUAAGGCUGCCAACAUUAUUGACUAUUUAUAUUUUGCUGACUUUAGUUGAGCUGUGGUUCAGAUAAGCGAAAAAUAGCAUGUUUUAAAACGAAGAAAACAGCUCGGAAUUUGCUUCUUUGUAAUAUUUUUAGUAAUCUAAUUUUGCUCAUAUGAACAGCAUCGAGUAUUUCGAAAAAGUAUUUAGAAUCUUUUCUUAUUCGUCUAGUCACUCAUUAAUGAGACCACAGUGUAAUACAUUCUCUAACAAUCUAAUUAACCACUUAAAAGUUCAUAUUUAGGAGUUAAUCAUUCACUUUAAAAGUAAAAUUUUGCUUUCCAAACUAACAUACUAUAUCAACACAAAAUGCAAUACGUUACAAUGAAAUAUUAUAAACAGGAAUUAACGAAACGACACGGUAUCUCUUGCUCUAUCAUCCAACAAUCAUAGACAAAGAAAAAACCGAAUACGAACGACUGAAGCGCUGGAAGGUUUUGUUAGAUUUGUAACCAAAUUUAACGAUAAAUUUACACUGUUUUCCGUCGUAUAAACAAAUUAAUCAGAAUGUGCAAUUCAAAAGGCUAGAAGUGAGGGCUUACUAAUUACAAUUAUCAGCCUAUUGAUUCAUCCAUUAUAAACCCAUUAUACACGAAUAACAUAGUACUAACAUAAACAAAUUACUGCAUUUGUAUGGAAAUCAAAUAUAGAGUACAGAUUUUUUUUCAAAGCGUUGUUAGUGAAGGAUUUAAGCGGUAUCCAAUUCAGGGCCAAUGUUUUGUUUUGCUCUGAACAAAUCACUUUAACGGUACAAUCUAAAUCCUCAAUUCGGUUAACAAGAAAACUGAGAAUCCGUAACAUUUCCAAUACCAGUUAGAAGUUAUAUCGACUUAUAGUCGGAAUACAGUAAGACAAAUUGACUACAUGCGGUUAGAAAGACCGAGCGAAAUGCUAUAAUCUCAUUUUCUAUUUUGAUAUUACUUUCAAAUUUGUCACAAUCUGGUCUCGGCUUUAUUCUAGCUUUGACAUGAUUUUAAUUCCAAAAUACCUGUGCAAGGGCUCAAAAAAUCUUGGGGAGAGUUUAGAGUCUCCUUGGGUACGAAUUUAACUCCGUUGGGUUUGUAUCAAGCUACAGUGUUCUUCGCGUAAUGCACUGAUGCCAAAUCCGAGUAAAACAGUACUGGUUUUCGAAUCCUUAAAAAUGGAACUGGUUUUCGGAUCAAAUGGAGUAAGUGGCUCUGUGAACAUUUUCGAAAUUAAACUAUCAUCGUAUCUGUUGUCGCAAAUAGAUUCGAAAGCCUUUUACACCUACAAAUCGCUUGCCAAACCAUUGCCUUUUUACAAUUUUUUUUCUGUGAAAAUCGGCUUAUCAUCAUCUUCAACACUUUAUCCAGAACGGACCGUGCAGAAUUAGUCUUCCGGAAGCGCCAUAUAAUCGAAUUUCACGUCUAUUAUGCAAUGGAUUCAUUAUAAAUGCUGAGUUUCCGUACAAUAGUUUAUCGUAAUAACUUAUGCGCUCGUGGUUUGACAAAAUGCUCGCACGAUUUUCUGGUUCAGAUUUUAGCUCGCAGAGUUCAAUUUACUUCCAAAUUUUUCCUGGUUCUGACUUCUGAGGUAAACUUCUCAUUAUACUUCCGAAUCGCGUUACGAACUGCUCCGAUGCUCAAGCAAAGUAAUGUCUCGGUAUUAUAUAACUUUUGGGUGAGUUUUGACCGUUCUGUUUCAAUAAACUUUGAAGCCGAUUGCAUGGCUAGUAAUACGAUCCUUUAAACUCAAAGAAUCCUUCCAGAUCAGGGCUCGAUCAAAGGAUAACUGGUUGGUAAGACCGAUGCUCACACCUCCCAUUUUUGACAACUGACUCAGCGAAACGUUGAAAUUAGUGCACUAUUUGUAUGCGAUCUCUGCACUUUUUCUCAGGGAAACGCUACGCAUUUGAGUGAAAACUCAAUGCACCGGCACUUGAAAUUGACAGUUUUACAGAUUUAAAUGUAAACAAGUACAAACAAAUGCUGUUCUGAUCAAAAAUUCAGAUUCAUUGUCUUGUUUGGUAUGGAAUUGCUUCCGCAGUUUGUUGACUCAGAAUUGAUCAUGGGCAGAAAAACGAUAAAAAAAUUGCAAGUGAAAGAAAUCUACGUAUGACUCAAUAUAUAAAAACGUAAUUUGUUAAAUGCUUGAGUUUUACUUAAAUCUGUGUCAAACAUGCCCAAAACGCAAAUUGUCAUGUUUCAACACGCAAAAAAAGUAACAAGGCAUGAAUAUUAUUUUAAAUCAUGUGUAUGUUGGUCCCAGAAAACACAAUAUUCCGCACCAUUUUCUUACGUGUACGAUUCGUGAAUUCAAGGGCUGCUAUGACCAACUUUAGUUUACUAUCCUAUUCAAAGUUCUAGCGAGAACUUUGCGAGCCAAACCUUUAAAAUUACGGAACCACUAGAGAACAUUUUCCGAGAAAAAUUCGACAAAUUUGAACUUUUUUUCGAUUCAAAUUCAAAUCGUUUGAUCAGAAUUUCUUGCAUAAAAAACUCCAGACACAGCAUGAAAAUUAUGCCGAUUUCAACCAGUAUCAAUUAUUUGCAACUGUAUAUUUCAUUCUAUACAAAAAGUUCUCACAUUUUGAUACAUUUCGUAGUGGGCAGGAAAUGAUUAAAAACGAGAAUCAACUCAAUAGAUUCAGAUGAAACCAAAGAAAUAUAUUCAAAACAAUUGUUUCUUGUUUCUUGUAGAAUCAAUUUAUGAUAGCAAUACUGAUCGCAAAUUUAUGAUCAAGUUCAUUUUAAACAAUUUUUUUCUAUUUCUCGGCUUUGGAAAUUUUGAUAAAUCUAUUGAUGUUCUUAAUGACUACCAGGAACUUGCUUUUGCACCAAUAUACUGAGUACUCAAGUGGAUUAAGAUCGGGGCUGGAUGGCGUAAACAAAUCCUACAACCAGAAUGGCAGACGAACCACUUCUGAGUAUAGUUCGAGAUGUGGUACAGAGCCCCAUCUUGUUGAAAUACAACAUUUCGCUUAGGACCGUUUUCCAUCGCCAUUUUGCUUCUCUCCACGGUGCACCGGGAAAAAGUCUAACUAAGAAAAUCGUUUUCUUUUUGUACUCAGUAUACCAUGGUAUAAGAUUUAGCUCACGUGCAUGCAAAGAAAAGCAAGGCAAUGUAAAACAUUGUAUGUACAGGUAAAACGUAAAUCUUAUUUGUACGAUAGUGCAAACAUUAUCACGCAUACGGUACAAAUGUCACGUUGUGAGCUCAGGGCUGGAAAUAAUCAACUCCGUACUUCAUCAUCACUGAGUUCAGCUCACCUGCAAAUCGGUUUCAGUAGCAUCACAGGGCGAGUUGAGAGUAACUGGGUAAUCAUUUGUUUAGAGAAAACAUCGUCGAGAUCAUCGUAGUGCCAAGCAAUCAGCAGAUGAGCACAUCAAACAUUAGAACCAACUGAGAGACGAUUUGUAAGUUGUGAUUUUAUGUGUUUGUAUAUCAAAACAUUGCAUCAGAUUCUUUUGACACUGUCUCGCUUGUAUUCCCCAUCCACCAGAGUUGCCAUGGGCAGCCAAUGUUCGAAUCGAUGCCAUUUCAAUCCAAUUCUCAACACAUGUUCUCGUAUGCUGGAAAACGCAUUCGGUUCAGUAGCCAGUUGUGUUUAGCUCGAGACAUGAAAUUGAAUCGUUUACGGCAUACAUCACGCAACGGUUUGACUUUUGUUUUCGUACAUUAAUGCUCGUGCUCGUUUUGAGUACCAGCAAAAACAAAACCGAAAAUCUGGGUUAUGUUGGCAGCUCUGUGGUUUAAGCAUACACUCACCGGUGUAGCUCGGUACGGUUAUGCCUAACUCAGUACUCACUUGUUAAAACUAUGAAUGUGAGUUAGAUGCUACGAAAUCAAAACUAAAUCUUCUCUUAUUCAAUCCAAUAAGUCAGAUACAAUCAAACCCGAGGCAAACCGGAUCACCAAACUAAUUUUCAGUAUUCUGGUUAUGUGAUAAUUGAUUUUAGUGUGUAUUUCACAUAAAACGAAUCUAUUUCGAUCCAGCGCAUAGGAAAAUUCAAUGUCGAUUUCUAUGCGCAACUUGAUUAUGCAGUCAAUUCGCAAGUGUGCAAGAGAGUUUCGUAGCUUGUUUUUAUAAUCGAAAUGAAUCGAAAGAUACCACAAAAUUAAUACAGAAUUUACCGGAACCAGUCUAUGGAUAUUGGCUUACAGUGAAGGAAAAAAACAAAGAAUAUCGUCCGAUUUCAUUUAAAGAACACAAUUGCGAAAAGGUAAUGGUAAAAUCCUAAAUUUUCGAUGAUAGGAAUCAGAAGCCAUCAGCAAAUUGCAGCCCUCAUAUAUAGUUUUCGAUUACUUUCCAAUUAUUGCAGUCAGGCUAUUUAAAGCAAAAUCACAACUUUUGAAAAUAAGAUCGUUUUUACGUCAUUUUUACUCCGACAUCAAUGAUGAAAGUGAAGGAUUCUAGUCAUAUAUUAUCGGAAUGAUUUUCACAGUCCUGAUAUUAGAAUGCAAUCACGACUAAGGGCUUAAAGCAUUUAAAUUAAUCAGUACCACUGACUAUAUUGAACCAAACGUUCAUGUAUUCCAUACUACAUACAUUAACACAACAAUAACAGUUACACCCUUGCUUGAAACCUACGAAAAUUAUACAUGAGAACACAUAGUACUAUAAACAAUGCCAAGACUCUACCGAAAAAAAUCGAUCUUUUGAUCUCAGUACUUUGAAAAUAUGUUAGAUCUCUCGUAUUAGCUUCAAACGUAUUGAUAAACAAAAAACAAAACGAAUGUAUUUAAUGAUAAUCAACUACAAGAAAAUAUUUCCAUAACUAUAAUCAAAUAUUUGAAAAUGCAAUCACAGCAGUUGAAGAUGAAACAAUGACACUAGAAUACAUUGAUUGCUAACCAGCUCUAGAGAGUGCCCAAUAAAUUUAGUUCUUUUGAAGAAAACUAACAAA